AAAUGCGGCUUGAAACGAGUGACAGCUUAUAUGUGCAGCCACAAAAAACCCCUUUUCCUUCUCUCUCAUCUGCCCCUAAAAAACCUCAAAUUCAAGCAGCUGUCUUUCUCCCUCGUUGUGUUUUAGCGGUUUUUCUUUUUAGUCAGGCGACUUUUCUUUUUGGAACCCUUUUUAUUAUUUUUUGUUUUUCUUCUCCAGAUGCUAAAUUAAUGGAAAAAGCAUGGCAAUGA